GUCAAGGGUACUGGCAUUGCCAGGCCAGGCUCCCUGCCCAGUUUGCUGGCUUGCAGGGUCUGGGUCAUUUCUCAUUUUGCUCACACACUCCUUUCGUGCAUGGGGCUGUCACAGAAAUUAGUCAGGAGGGGGUGAAUCACAGAGGAAUGAGUCAGUGGGAAGCAGAAGGAAGGUGCUUGUGCAGGACAGGGUUUUAAGGGAGCCCAAGGGUCUGAGUCCUAUGCUGAGUCCCUGGGAGAUGGGCUGUGGGUACCAGAGGAGAACUGGGAAAGCCACAGGGCUUAGUAGGUGGAGGCAAUGCCUCUGCCUUGGGAACAGGCCAGGAUCUUAGCUACAUGCCGAACUCCAGUCGUGGGUACACUGCUGGAAAGUCCUGGGAAGGCUUGGGGCAUCUUUGGUGCUGAAGUUUUCCAAAAAAGAGCACUGCAAGGGAGCAGUGCAGGGAACAGGUAUGCCUGCCUUCAGUGAAUCGGGAGGACCUUCAUCCCCACACAGGCGGUGGGGUGUCCAGCCAGCUCUAGGCAAGCUGAGCAAGUCUCUGUACUGGUCAGAUCCUGCCCAGUUGUCUGAGAGAGCAGAUGCAGGACGGUAAAAUGAGUGAUACUUGUUGGGGCAGAGAAUGGUAAAAAAAUAGCUCUGGAUUGAGUGAAGACAGCAUGGAGGAAAAGCUGGGAUGGAGAUAAUACACUGGAGAUUUGGGGACAUGGGUGCUUCUUAACUCCAAAACCCCUUGUGUGACCUGGGCUCUGCUGCAGACCCUUGAAGGUAUUGCAAGGCUGCUUCUCUCAUCAAGGGACCUGCUCUGGACUGCUGGGUUUCCAUCUAGCACAGCUGGCCUCUGCUGAGUUGGACUGCUUAUUGUCCUUCUCAUGACUCCUGAGACAGGCCCCUCGUGGGCAUGGUGGAGACAGCCUUGGUAUCAGAGCUACAGCAGCACAGCCGAAGCUCUCUGUGUCUGGGGCCAAACUUCUUGGAGCAGGUACUUGGGAAUUCUGUCUUGGAAUAAUGUAGGUGUUUUGCAGCAGGCACUGGUAUUGCUACCAGCCAGAGCAAGGAUCAGGUACUCGAACAAAAGCAGCUCCUACUGAUCUCGGGUUGAGAUGAGUCUCUUUUUUCUACAUCCCCAAGGUAUGCAGGUGCAGGUACUCCUUGGUGGCACCCUUGGCUGGGCAGAAUGGAGCCCAACAGGCUCCAACAGUCUCCAGAGAUGAGCUGGAGCUCUGGCUUCUUGGGUGCUGCAGUGGGCAGAAGCUGAGAGUGGUAGGCUUGCGCAGCAGCAGGAGGGAAGGCAGUGAAGGGAGCCUUCACUGCUGCUGCAGGCUGUGGGUUUGCAGUGAAGCUGCAGCUCCCUUGGGAGGUGCCCAGGAGCAGGAUGAGAAGCAAUGGGACACAAGGAAAAUUCCAAUUAGACGCUAGGAAAAAUAUUUCCCUGCAAGGCAAUUAGACUCUGGAGUAGGGCCCAGAGGAAGGAGGCAGUUUCUACACUUGGUGACUUUGAGCUCCUGGCAUGGGGCAAACUCCAAGCGAUUUGUUUGAACUUAGCCCUGCUGUUAGCAUGACUGGACCCAAACCCUCUGAGGUCCCUUCUCACUGUUGUUCCUCAGUUCUGCAGUUCUCAGGUUGCUUGGCAAUGUCACAUCUCAUGGACUGUUAGAUUGACCAGCUUGGAGGCACAUAGAGGGCUCAAGGUCUUGUUCUGUCCAUCCCCUUGUCACUUGGACUUAUCUGUAUGGUAUUAGUAGUGGUGGGAGAUGGAGGCACUGCCUUAGGAGCAUUGCUCAGCUCAUUCACUUUCCCCAGCUUCUCUUAGCUGGAGCACCCAUCUCUCUGUAAUCUGUAUUAUUUCCUUUCCACACGAGCACGAGAAACCAGUGGGCAAUGAAACACAGGAUGUAAAGCAUCCUCCUUGCUUUGCUGGAAGAACAGAGCUGUGAUGUGUCAGGGGUUGCUGGUGUUUUUGGAAGGCUCAUGAGGAUGCUGGACUCCAGUCCUCCAGAUGCAAAGUUUAUCUUUCCUGUGGUGCCUGUCCCAGAGAUAGUGGUGGUUGGAAGGGAAGUUAGUGGUAGCUUUUUCAAAGGUUCCAGCUGUUUGACCAUCCUCAGCAGAUGGACACUGAGAUGAGCCCAAAGAAGUGUCUGGAAAGAAUUAUUUACUCACAGUACUUUCUGUUUCUUUGCCAGCCAUUUAUUCUCAUGGUUGUUCUUUUCCUGAUCCUGCUCUUCUGCAAGGCUGACUGCUGGCAAUCUUAUGAGCCUUGUCUUCAGGAACAACUUUUCUGUGUGAUUUAUUGUGUCUCGGAGCUUUGACCUGGUGUCUGAUGUUGCAGAAGCCCAUGUCUGGUGUGUAAGUGUUCAGAGGGUGUUUACAAUGUUUGGCCCAUCCUGUCUGCAAGAGUAAUGAACCAGAGCAAAGGGGUCUGCUUGUAGCCUUGGCUCCUGGGUUAAGCUGACCUGCAGCAGUAGCUACAUCUGCUUUCUCAUCUGGCAGAGGCUGGGUGGAUGUUCAGGCUCCCUGUAUGUGUGUUUUCAAGGUCUAGAACAUCCUCAUAAACCGUGUUAGUCCCCAAUCCCUUCUAUAGUUGCUCCUUUCAGCCUUUCUUUUGGGCUUGUCCACACUGGGCUGCCAUUGCUGUGCACUCUGCUCUCCCUUCCUUAGCAGUCCACACAAAACUCUCAAUGCUGCUCUGGACAUGCUGGCUUUACUUGGAUAUCCCUGUUGCAGCACCCCCCUACACUUUGGGAGCAGCAGGAUCUGGUGGUUUGGAUUAAGAGGUCCCUGAGGUCUGUGUUCCCAUCUGCCAGAGCAAGUGCUGUAUGGCAGGGGAUGAACUGGUUUCUGGUAGGCCAUGGAGAGUUCUUAGGUCCCUCACAGGCUCUGCCUCCCUAGGAGGGUAUGGUCUAGAGGGACAUCUGUGUCCUCAGGGCAUGAAUCAACCACCAGGUUGAAGAUGUUCUGACUUAGCUGCCUCUGCUCUCUGUGGGACCCCAGGGGUGGUUUAGUCUGUGUGGACAAGGAGGUUUGCAGUUUCAUGGGGUGUAAGAGGACCUGGACUGUGUCUCCUGCUGCCCUUCAUAUGGACAUGCCUACAGUCCCUCUUACCCCAUGUUUCCCUUCUUAAAGCCUUCUGCUCUCAUGUGUUUGCCUUCAUUAUGGGCAGCAGUGUGAAUGUUUACAUUACAGUUGUGGCACCCUUUUCCUAAGCCCACCAGUCCUACAGGAAAGAGAGGUUUUUCUUUUCUAUGACAAGGUGCAGGACAUUAAAUUCGUGGUGAAAAUAGUCUUUCCCUGCAGUAGCCCUGAUUGUGUCCAUCUUCUUAAAAUCAAAGAUGGACAAAGCCUCACCCUUGUGGCCCAAAUACCUGCCCAGCACAGGUCAUAUGCUAGACUGGCCUGUGCUAGACUUGAGCCUUUCUAAAUCGCAGCUGGAAAAGCAUGAGUUGGAUGGGUGUGCACAGCUGUGUGUGUGUCGUAUCUCCUCCCCCUGUGCCACGUACAUGUCUAGUACAGGGAGUGGAAAAGAUGCUGAAUGUCCCUACAGCUGCUGCAGCCUUAUCUGCAGGCUGCAGCUUGGUAACCAAGCAGGAGGCCCGAGUGCCUGUGCUCAAGCACCUCCCUUGGAGGACUCUUACAGUAAAAGGAAGUGUAUUGCAAGAGGGCUUGCGGUGGGGAGGGGCAGUUCCCACGGGGCAAAUGCUGCAGUGCACAAUCCUUGCUGCCCUCCCCAUUGCAAGCCAUUUGCUUACCCCCUCUUCCAAUGUGUAGCUUUGACACCCGGAGCUGAUCAGAGCGAUUCAGCACCUCUGGGACUUCCUCCACUGCCCUGAAGUGCCUGGUGACUGUUUGGGGAGCUGGCAUCAAGCUCUGGACUGGAACAGCCUGUCUGUGGGGUCAUCAGUGACUGAGGUCCCAUGGGCCUGUCCCUCAGGCCACCACCCCUGGAGAGAGACAGGAGGGCUGGAAGGGAGCUGGCUGACAUGUCCCUGUGCCUAGGUGGCCAGGGGCUUGCUUUCACAUUCUUUCUUGCCUCAAGCAGCUACCCCGAGGUGGAAAGACACAGCUUUUUAUGAUGUGGAGCAAGCACAGAGGAAUUUGCUGCUUGUGGACAGCUGUUGUCCUGGGCCUGGCUCGUGUCCUCCAGCACUUCUCACCUAGCGCUGCCUAUGGAAGGGGAAUGGGGGCUUGCCCACCCUCGACUCCAUGUGCCAGGCAAGUGGGUGCCACCUCGGGCUAAUGGGGGUGAAUAGCUGCGGUGGAGCCUAGCAGCAUCCUGCUGCCUCUGCAGGGAUCCUCUUGGGCAGCGGAGAGUUUUCCCCACCCCCAGCUCUGCCGCUGCCUCUUUGUUUUCUGGCAGAAGCCUCUGUGCCUUUUCAUUGCCGUUGAGGCGCCGAGCAGGAGCGUGCAUGUGCCGCGUGUGCGUCUCGCCGGGAAUGUGAUGCGGGCUGGGAAUCCUGCCGGGCCAGGCAUCUCCCCUGCAGGGCAGCGGAGGCCAAACAGCAGCUUCAGGGGUCUCCUUCCCAUGGACUGUUCCUCCGGUCGAGCAAGGCUUCGAGGCAGCUGGUCUCCCGCACAAAACCCUCUUUUGCGUUGACAGCGCUUCUGCACCUUGCCACAAGUCGAGCAUCAAAGCUGCAGUGCCCAUGGGUUGUGACCACAGGGGAGUUGUGUUGCAUCUGCAAAUCUUUGCUGUACAUCAAGAGCACAUCUGAACAGGCAUCUCUUAAUGGAAGAAAACAAAAACAAUUCCAAGCUCUUCUCCUUAUCUGUGGGGCCAGAAAGUGUCCUGUGCUGUGGGUGGAAGGGGGAGGAGGUGAACAUGAGACCAGGAGCUAGCUGGAGGCCCAGAGAUUGCUGCAGUGUCUUGGAAAGCAAGACAUGAAAUGUUCACCAGAAAGAAAGAGGAAUCUGUUCCUAUGCACAGGGUUUCAUACAGGAAAGCAUGCAAAAGGGAUGUAAAAUCAAGCCAGAGCCACUGUGGACACUGAAGAGCUGGAGAGGACGUUGCAGAGGUUCGGAGGCACACCGUGAUGGUGGGAGCCAUUCCACGGCAGCCACGCCGCUUCUGGGGGGUGCCUGACUGGCAGGUGUCUUCAGCUAAUUGUGCCAACGACCGCCUGCUGCAGGGCAGGGAGGUUAAUCUGGAGCAAAGCAGGGUCCUGAUGCAGAGGGAUGCUGUGCUGCAGAGCACCUCGUAGUAGAGGGCUCACACAGAGAUCCUGAGUGAGAGAGGGCCCAGCUCACACCCCCUGCCCUUGCACCCUCACCUGUGGCACUUUACAGUCCCCCUCCUGCUGCUGCAUGGGCUCCACUGGGAGUCCCAGCAAGUGAGGCUCCAUGCGGCACAUCCACACAGAGACGUGUCUGCCCCCGGAGCGCAGCACAGACCCCAGCCUGUCCAGGCCCAGCGGGGAGACACCCUUGGAGCCUUCCUCACAGUGCUGCACCCACCGCAGCAUCCUCAUGGGCUACAAUGAGACAGAGAUCAAGCGCCAGAAGGUGUACCAGGUGUCCAUCUUCUCCCACCUCUCCAGCUCUUCUGAGAGCACGGAGCAGCGGGCAGGCACCCGGCCAGCUGUCAAGAGGGGAUACCCCGAGCAACGAACUCUGGAGGGGGGUCGAGAUCCAAAAAGAACUCACUGGGGUGAAAAGGGGGUGGAUGGGGGCCCUGGGCAGCCUUCCCUGGAUGAUGAUGAUACCUUUGAGGAUGGUCUGCUGGUGGAGGAGCUCUCCCUUUGUGGUUCUGCCCAGCACUUCUCCCACAGUGGGCUGCGGGUGGUGGAGCAUCGCUGUGAGGGCAGCAGAGAGGACAAGUUGCAGGAUGUCUCCUCCUCCUCCUCCUCCUCCUCCUCCUCCUCCUGGCCCCGGCACAUUGCUUGCAGUACUUUGCACAUGAGAGACAGUUGCCCUGUCUCAUCAGGGGAUCAGCCCAUAGACUAUGGAGAGAAUGGGGAGCCAGCAAGUGGCCACAAUGUACUUCACCUUGAAUUGCACAGUAUUGCACAAACGACCCAGGUGGACCCAGGUGGGAAGAGAGAGAAGCCAGGGAGCAGCCCAUCUCAUACCAGUAGGGCUAGCAGAGAAGCAGAAGGGCCAGUGGUGGCCAAUGGGUGCAGGGAGUCCCCUGUUCCACAGACAGUGCUCAGCCCUGAGCCCAGCAACUUGAGCUCACAGGAGAUGACACCCUGUGGGAGCAGCCAGCUCAGCAGCACUUGCCCAGCCAAAAGGAAGUUGCUGCCCGCUGGUGAGGUUAUGGCUGACUCUUGCUCUGAGGAUGAGAGCCUGUCCCCACCAGCAAGGAAGAAGAGGGUCCUGCCAUGCCAUCCUGUGCCCACAGCCUGCCGCAGCACGGAUGCCAAGGGAGCUCCGUUCUGGAAUCACCUGCUUCCUGCAGCCAAGAGCUCUUCUGAUUGCACCACAGUUGGGAGGAGGCUGAAGAGUGGGCUGCGACUCAAAUCGCGACAUCUCCGAACCAGCCUCCGGAGAGGCACCAGGUCCCCUACAGCGCCCUGGGCCACCACCACUGUCAGCCAUGCUCUGCUGGGCAACUUUGAGGAGUCCAUCCUGAAGGGGUGCUUUGCACCAUCAGGGAGGAUCGAGGGUUUCACGGCAGAGAUCGGUGCCAGUGGCUCCUACUGUCCCCAGCAUGUCACCCUGCCUGUCGACGUCACCUACUUCGACAUCUCUGAACACAGCGCGCCCUCGCCUUUCCUGGGAGUGAUUGACUUGGAGGCCUUGGGAAAGAAGGGUUACAGUGUCCCCAAAGCUGGAACCAUCCAAGUGACCUUAUUUAACCCAAACAAGACUGUGGUGAAGAUGUUCUUGGUGACAUACGACUUCCAGGACAUGCCGGCCAACCAUAUGACCUUCCUACGCCAUCGCAUCUUCCUGGUGCCCGUGGGGGAGGAGGAGGGGUCCACAGCAGCCCCCAGUGACCCACUGGGCACCAGCCCGCCCCGCAGGGUCCUCUGCUACCUGAUGCAUCUAAGGUUUCACAGCUCCAAGUCAGGGAAGAUCUACCUUCAUGAUGACAUUCGGCUGCUUUUCUCCCGCAAGUCGAUCGAGGUGGAUUCGGGGAUCCCCUACGAACUGAAAUCCUUCACAGAGAUGCCGCGGAACCCCUGCUACUCACCCCGGGCCUGACCUUCUUCACCCCAGACCCCAGGGCCACUGGGGAGCCUCCAGCCCAGCACUUUGGGGAGAGAUGAGUAAAGGGCCAGCACACACUGCUUUGAGAUAGCACCCACCCUCCUGACCAGCAUGGACACCAAGCUCUGCAGCUGGGCUGGGAUCACCCAGGGGGCUUCACCAAGAGGGGCAGAGGCUGAGGAGCAGCCCUGGCACUGCAGGGACAUGCCCAAGCCUGCUGCUGGCACUGCUCCCAGCCUGUAGCCUUUGCUGUGGCUGAGGUGGGUGGGUGUGGAGUGAAGGGCUGGACUGGAGCUGUGAGUAAGACCACCCACACGGGGCCCCAGGUCAGGGAGCAGAAAGUGUGAAAGAGUUUGUAUUUAUUAGUAUUUAUUGUUGCUGGGAGCACAGAGGAGGCUAGUGUAGAGGAUCAGAGGUGCUGUGCUUGUUCUUCCCCCCAGCCCUGCCUGCACCAGGCUGCCUGUGUUCGAGCAGGGCUGUGGGGACUGCGAGAAUGACUAGGGACAAGGAUGCCUCAGCCCAUGCAAGGGAGUGUGACCCAAUGUUCACACAGGGUGCAGGUCAGGGGUGUGUUAAAAGCCCUGUGACAGGCUGAGCCUCUCUGGCACCAGCUUUGCAGGGCCAGCCCAACUCCAAGCAGUUUGAGGAGGCUGCACUUAUCUUCAGUCUUUUAGGGCAAGCCAGACCCCAAGAGGCCUAUGGCUGUCAAGGAAGUGUCCACUGCCAGGUUCCUGAAGGUAAGAGACACAGCUGCCACGUGGAUGGGGACCUGGGGCUCUUUGCAGGAAUAUGGGGAUAGCCCUCUGGGCAAGAGCCUCCAGAGCACGUGAGCUGUGGACCUGAGAAGAUUGCCAAAAUAAAAGGAACCUUGCACUGUCUUUGGGUGUGGGGUGAAUCCCAUGCAGGAGGCAGCUUUGGGCAGGGGUCUGCCAGCAGCAUGAUCAGAUGCGGGAGGAUGGUCAUUAGCCCCAGCUUAGUCCUUGGGAAGCGGGGAAGCAACAGAGGAUUUCAAACUCUGGGAGCUGGGCUGGAUCCUCGGGAGCAGCAGGACUGGGAGAAUCCAGACUGGGGCAGUCAGAGGGGAAGGGCCAAGGGUUAAACAAACUUGCACAUUCCCAGUCUGUAUCGCCCCUCUGCCCUCUGAGGGUCUCAGCAAGGCUCCCCCUGCCAGCCCAAGGUGAGGGGAUACUCAGCACUUCCAUCAGAGGGAACAAGAAGGGGAGAGGCGCGACCCCAUCAACUCCCACCCCUGGGGCUGAGACCCCGGCGCGGGGUGUGGGGCUGGGCCAGGACUGGGGGGUGCGGGGGUGAGGUCCUGCUCUGCCCGGCCCGGGGGCGGCCGAGGGGCUCCGGCCCUGCUGCACUGGGGUUAGGAAGCCUGAACCUGCCCCUAUACUGCCCGUACACUGGGUUCCUGAGCCCCCCAAACGGACCCCCCUUACACCGGCGCUUGCUCCCCUCAAACCGGGGCCCUGAAUCCCCCAAACCGUGUAUCUGAGCUCUCCCCCAGCCGGGGGUCUGAGCCCCCCGACACCGGGGGCCGCUCCCCCCACUGCCCUGCCCAGCGGGACUCGGGCCACGCCACCACACCGGAGUCUCCCUCGCCCCCAGGUCACCGGGGCUGCCCCUCUCGCCGUGGCCCUGCGGGCUCGCGAAGGCCGUGCCGGUGCUUCCCGUGUUCGUUUCUAAUUUAAUAAACGUCCGUUUGGAGCUCCA